AUGUUUCGGGGAGUGAAAUGGUUGAAUGGAUGGGCAUUGGUAUACUUGGGAUUUCGGUUUCUGCACACAGUGAAGGCUCUCUCUGUAGAUGUUAGAUCUGAGGAGUCCGUCAAAGAUGCGGCCAGUACGGUAGUAUAUGGAAUGAUGCACUACUAUCACGGAAACGAGUCCGGCAGGAUCCCUGGAAAGCUUCCCGAUACGUGGUGGGAAGGCGGCGCCAUGUUUAUGACCCUCAUCGAAUACUGGCACUUCACAGGCGACACGACAUACAACGACGAAGUGAGUGUGGGGAUGCAAUGGCAAGCGGGGGAUGGGGAUUAUAUGCCUUCGAAUUGGAGUUCCUAUCUUGGGAAUGACGAUCAAAUGUUCUGGGGAUUGGCCGCGAUGACUGCUGCCGAGCUGCAGUUUCCCGAAGUCAGCGACGGAUACUCGUGGCUUUCGCUUGCACAAGGAGUGUUCAACACACAGAUCAAACGGUGGGAUACUUCAUCAUGUGCCGGAGGAAUGCGCUGGCAGAUAUACACCUACGAAGCCGGAUAUCGUAUGAAGAAUUCUAUCUCGAACGGCGGCCUAUUUCAAUUGGCUGCACGCCUCGCUCGCUAUACAUCGAACCAGACAUACGCAGAUUGGGCUGAGAAGCUCUGGAAUUGGUCGGCCUCUACACCUCUAUUGAACACCAACACAUGGAAUGUGGCCGACUCGACAGAUGUGGAUGACAACUGUACGUCGCAGGGGAAUACGCAAUGGACUUACAACUAUGGUGCUUAUAUUGGAGGUGCCGCCUAUAUGUAUAAUUAUACGAAUGGCACUACAAAAUGGCUCAAUGCUGUGAAUGGGCUUCUUAAUGCGGUUGUGGACGGAUUCUUCCCUGCUAAAUCGGGCGGAAACAUUAUGUCUGACUAUACUUGCGAACCAACUCAAGUCUGCAACAACAAUGAGAUAAUAUUCAAAGGGCUUCUUUCCAUGUGGCUCGCGUUCACAGCUUUGCUAGUACCGUCGACAUAUAGCACCAUUCUCCCGAAACUCCAAGGUUCUGGUGCAGCGGCUGCCGCAACCUGCACCGGGCACAACAACAACAGUUGUGGCGUCGUUUGGUACAACUCAACAUGGGAUGGUUGGAGUGGGCUAGAAGAGCAGAUGAGUGUGACCAGUAUCUUGGCAGCGAAUAUGAUCGGGCUGAAUACCUCAGGGGCUCCCGUCACUUCGACUACUGGAGGAAACAGUACCAGCAAUCCAUCAGCGGGAGAGAGUGAUAAUGAGGGAAAAUCUGGCUCGACAACCGAUGUUAUGACGGGCGAUGUUGUCGGUGCAGCAUUUGUAACAGUUAUACUUACUGCUGUACCUGUCUCUAUGGUAGUUCUACUCAUCUUCACAUAG